AUUUGUACCUGACUCGAACUGACAUAUAGUGAUUUAGGCUCUUAUUGUAGACACUGGACCACCGUAAAAGUAUAUAUCAUGGAUUUUUGGAAGGGAUUGUGCAUUCAACAUGCGAUUGUACGGACUAAAAGGCAACGCAUCGGCGGAGCACGGUGCACUGCCCUGGAAAGAAGAUUAUGGAGUACCAUUCCGAAUGGCACAGAUUAUUUCGGAUGACGAUGAAGAUACGGAUGAGUCAAAUAUAUCCUGUGUCAAUCCUGGGCGCUCUGCUCCGUCACCCGAGUACUACUUCGACAAUCCAUUUCAAGAGUCGUCGUCAACGUCAACGCUUCCAACCAGAAAGUUCGUAAUCUAUGAGAACAGUGAGUGUGAUGUUGUGAAGCCGCAAUUCAGUCUCCCUGAAAUACAAAAUCAUAGAAGAUCAACCAGUCCCUUCGUAUCCACGUUAGACCCAUGUGAUCAGUCGGAAUGGCGAAAGAGACGAACAAGCGCGGCAAGUACUGUAUUUUCUCCUGUCUCCGAUGAUUGCGAUAGCGAUGUUUCUAUGAUCCUUUCAUCGCCGACCACUUCGCCGUGCUCGCCCACCUCGCCCCACUCCCUUACAAGCUCGAAAUUUUCGAGCUCCAGCGAGACUAUUGCAACAAGUCUAACAUCCCCUAUUGUACAGCAUGAUGCUAUCAAUCGGAUCAAGAAUUUGCACAAGACUCGCAGUCACGUCACACCAAAGACACCCCCAGAGGAGCGGAAGAAGAAGGCCCGUUCGUACUCAUCUGCGAUUUGUCACAGUUUUUUAAAUGAGCUUGCUGUAAGUUUGCACGAUCCUGAGAAACGCAACAGCUUAACGUCGUGCCCUAGCUGGCUUAUGUGUGGGCAGACUAACAUCCCUCAGCUUCGAGUCAACGUGUUCGAAACCAGAAGAAAGUUGACAGAUUUCGAAUGGUUAUACGAGCAUCUCCGACAAGAGAACCUGGAACUCAUCAUACCUGCCCUACCAUCGUCUGGCAAUGCUCUAUACUUGCAUAGACAUGACGAUCGAUUUCUAGCUAAGAAGGGUAGAGUACUACAGGAUUUCAUGAGUCGUUGUUGCCGACAUGAGAAAAUCAAGAUGCUGCCUGUCUUCCACGUGUUUCUGUGUGGAACAGACGCAGAGCUACGGAUAUUCAAGAAACUGAGAGGCUCAAAACCUCCACGUAUAUAUCGCUGCAGUGACUUCCGGCGGUGCGCUCGAAAGUGA